AUGUCAUAUAACCCUGUGAGACAUAUUGAAGUGAAGGCCAAGAGUACUACUGAUUUCAGAAUAUGUUCUGUGUUAGCGUUCAUCCGUUCCCUGGCCCGUAAGAAGCCUUUGGAGCCAGCAGGUGAGCAGUCCAACUUCUGCCGAUGCUUGACCAGCCUGGAUCUGAUUGGCCUGGGUGUUGGCAGCACGCUUGGAGCAGGGGUUUACGUGCUCUCAGGGGAGGUGGCGAGGGAAGUGGCUGGUCCUAGCAUCGUCAUCUCUUUCCUGGUUGCUGCAGUGGCUUCAGUCUUUGCAGGGUUGUGCUACGCUGAGCUUGGUGCUCGUGUGCCAAAGAUGGGCUCGGCCUACCUUUACAGCUAUGUGACUAUAGGAGAAGUGUGGGCAUUUGUGACUGGCUGGAAUCUGCUGCUGUCCUAUGUCAUUGAAACAUCUAGUAUAGCCAAAGCCUGGACUGGAGCAUUUGAUGACCUGAUACACAAUGUUAUGGCUAAGCAUCUAGGGGAACAUACACCAAUGGACUCACCUGGCUUGGCUGAAUACCCAGACUUCUUUGCUGCUGCGCUGAUUAUGUUGCUUGCUGGGGUGCUUGCAUAUGGUCUGAAGGAGUCUGCAAUCGUGAAUACUGUUUUUACAGCAGUAAAUGUGUCUGUGUUGAUUUUUAUCAUCACUUCUGGCUUUAUAAAAGGAGAUCUCAAAAACUGGCACAUCAGUAAAAAGACAGUUCUAAAUGCAACUUGGGAAAUUAUGAAACUUGAGCCGAAUGAAACUGUUGACUUUGGUGUUGGCGGCUUUUUCCCCUUUGGUUUUGAUGGAACUUUGGCCGGGGCAGCAACCUGUUUCUAUGCUUUCUUUGGAUUUGACUGCAUUGCUGCUACUGGAGAGGAGGUGCAGAACCCACAGAAAGCCAUACCUCUUGGGAUUGUGGUAUCCCUGCUUAUUUGCUUCGUGGCUUUUUUUGGCGUGUCGGCUUCCCUGACACUUAUGAUGCCCUACUAUCUGCUUGACACUCACAGUCCAUUACCUGUGGCCUUUGAGUACAUUGGCUGGGAGCCUGCAAAGUAUGCUGUUGCUGUAGGAUCCCUUUGUGCACUGUCAACAAGUUUGCUGGGAGUGAUGUUGCCAAUGCCACGGGUGCUGUAUGCCAUGGCCAGAGACGGCCUGCUCUUCAAGCCACUCAGCUACAUGAGUUCCAGGCAAAGUCCUGUCUUGGCUACAUUGUCCUCAGGAGCUGUGGCUGCUUUCAUGGUCCUUUUAUUUGACCUCAAGGCACUGGUGGACAUGAGCUCUAUUGGGACCAUUUUUGCAUACACUCUUGUUGCAGUAUGCCUUCUUAUAUUAAGGUACAAAGAUGAUGCCGGUUUUGUCCUCAGACUGGAGCCAUUCUCAAUAAGGGAUGUGCUCAGGCCUCCAUUUCGAGCUACCCACCGCACCUCUAAAAAUGUCACCAUUCUCACCAUCAUUAUCUGUCUGAUCGUAUACUUUGGCUAUGGAGUUCGUCAUAGUGUCCAGAAACAAAGACUCCAAGAAGCUCACGAUCAGCUUAGUAGCAAUAACGUAAGCAGUAAUGUUGUGGAUUGUGCUGCUUGA